AAGUAAACACUCUAGAUCUUGUGAGUUGUGUUAUCACUAAAUCAGUAGCAAAAAUUGAAAACAAAUACAUUCGUGUCACAUCAAAUUUAAAUUCAAACUUUAAAGUUUCACCUGCAUGAUCAAUGGUAUUAUUUCUCAAAAAAAUACUGCUUUGAAUUUACUGAAACCUUGUGAAUUUAAUACUUCCAUCAGUUGUUCGUAUUUGUGUUUCGAUGACACCUGUUGAAUUGUCGGUUUGAAAAAGGCAAUCAACUGAUGAAAAUGAAUACUUGGAGAGGAACUGACAAUUAUAAUGUUGAAGAAUCUCAAGAUUUCGAUGAUGCUAAUUCUUCUUGCGGCUCCACUUGUGAUUCUUCGUGCUGUGAAUAUCAUUCAGACUGUUCUGUACCAGAAUGGAGCGAUGCAGUUUCGGACAACGGAGAAUUAUUUUUCAUCAAGUGUUCUCCAUUUGUAAAUGAGUCUUCUACCGAUACAACUGAUACCAAAAACUGUCCUACGACUAAGAAACGUCACAAGCUAUCCAAAUUUUUGAAAAAACAUCGUUUUAAGAAACGAAAAGCUGUUGAUCGAGAUCGAGGGAAUCAAAAUCAUGACGAAAAUUGCGCAGCUUCGAAAAGUGAUAGAAUCAGUGAUUAUGGUGAUGUGGAAGACCAUCUGGCAUCUGUUCUGUUCGUUAAUUUAGUGGAUACCGGACACAAUGAUGUGAUCCCCGGAGACAGCAUUAUUUAUUUUUUUCCUCAACCUGCUGUUAAAAAUGUAGUCCAUUCGGUCAGAGGAGCGUUACUAACUUUGUAUCAUUUAUUACCAAAAUUAGUGGAGGAAGCUCCCGAAAGCUCUACCCUUUUAAUAAACGAAGAAUUACUUCAUUUGGUGUAUGUAGAAGAUGGCAAAGAGUUAUUAAUCAUUGCAUCGCCGGAAAACAAAUGCUCUUUGUUUGAAUUAAAACAACUGAGUUCGUGUAUUGUGCGAUACCUGAAGUUCAGAUAUAAAUCUCUCCAAGGAUGUUUCAAGGAUACCGUUAACCAUACCAGUUUAAAUCAAUUUUUUGGCAACUUAUUCAUAAAAAUGCUCAAAAACGUUGUGGGAUCACCGAAUUAUAAAAAAAGUAAUGGGAAUAACGUUCCUGAGAGUAGUAUUCCAAUUCCAGUGCAAUUCGAAGAUACCUUCGGGUUCCCUUUCAAACUUGCCAUUCCACAUAAUUUAGAAAUGAAAAUCGAAGAAAAAUUGAACAAAAUCGAGGCCAAUGAUUUCGGUGAUUUGAGCGAGGAUUGUUAUGGAUGUCAAAGAUUAUACACAAUUAUAGGAACUUGUCUCUAUUAUAAAGGUUAUUUGAUCGUAUCUCAUUUAAGCAAAGAGGAUCAACUCGAUGUACACGCUUUCCUACGUUUGAACGAUUUAUUAGACUUGACUGUAACAUCCACUAUCGAAUCUUUAGUUAUUUGGAAAGAAGUUAACUUGUCUUCAUGUUGCUUUCAUCUCGAAGGGUCGCGUACAUUUCCUUCAAAUAAAAGAUGGUUUUUAUCAAUAAUUGGACAAGACCAAGGUUUGCUGAUUACUCUGCUGGAAUCCGGUGGUUGUUCCGUUAGGAUUGAUGAUAUUCCUAAACCGGAUGAACUCUACAUAGAUGAGCUUCAAGAAACGUUGGAUAAUAUUUUAAAUUCAGGCCUGGCUGAUGCUAUUAACCAGUUAAUGAAAAAUAAUUCAAACGUUCCAAUUUCGCACACAAAUUCCAGUCAAAAAUCAUUGGAAAAUUUAUCAAUAACGAACGGUAGUAACAAGAACACUUUGACCAAAAGUAGUUCAACAUUAAGUUGUGAAAGUGACAUUUCCUUCCAUCAUUCUUCUCCAACCUUGGACGACGCUUAUUCGGAUUCUUUGAGCAGAACAAACAGCAGUAUUUUCAAUGAUGAUUCUGCCCCUGUGUUGGGGCGAAGGGCUCAAAGAAUGAAACAAUUGAGCAACUCUGGUAAUAUAUAUCCGUUAUAUUGCAGUCUAUCUGAUUCCGAUCGUUCUGAUCUCGAUACUACUGGUAGCUCGCAUUCCAGUUCAUUUGCUGACGUAGUUAAAAAAUCCAAAGAAGUUCAUUCGAGUAAAAGGAUUAUUCACGGGAGUAGUCAAGCUCUGUUUCACUACGUGAAUUUACAUUUCAAUAACGGCGUCAUAAUCUGCCCUUUGGAUAGCCAAGGUGAAAAAAAUCUCGUUCACGGUGCUAUUAUGGACAAUUUUAGAUUAUGUGCUCAGAAAGUUCGGCAUGUUCUUUCCCAAAAAAAAAUAUCCAAUAUCGGGCGUUAUUCCAGAAAUAGCUUGCCAGUUAAAGAAUUUGGUAUGUUGUUCGAGUACAAUGAACCAGACGACAGAAAUAAUUCGACUGUUUAUUGGGUUGUUGGACGUGCGUUCAAUAAAGAUCAUCUUGGCGAAAUCUACAUCUGUUAUGAAGACAAGACUCCUCAGAAUUUGGUGGAAAUUGCAUUUAGAUUGGCAAUGGCUACGUAAUUUUGAUUGUUCCUUCAUCCUUGUACCUCUUCCUACCUGUCUUUGUGUUGAAUUUUAUUUUGUGUUAAAAUAUUGUACAAAUCUUGUAAUAUUCAUAAUGAAUGAUGAAUGAAUUUUCAAUGUA